AAUGCGGGACCCAAAUCGGGUCAAAGUUCUGGGAGGUCAUUUCUGAAGAACAUAGCAUUCAACCUGAUGGAAUGUACAAGGGAAAUUCUGAUUCACAACUUGGAGGGAUUAAUGUCUACUACAAAGAGGCUUUCGGCAACUACGUCCCAAGAGGCAUUCUCGUCGAUCUUGAGCCUGGAACAAUGGAAUCAAUCAAGGCCGGAUGGUCGUCUCUUUCGACAUGACAACUUUGUGUUUGGCAAAGAAAGUGCUGGAAAUAAUUGGGCGAAGGGGCACUAUACUGAGGGUGCUGAAUUGAUCGAGAAUUUUAUGGAAGUUGUCAGAAAGGAGGCAGAAGGCUGUGAUUGUCUACAAGGAUUUCAGAUGAUUCAUUCUCUUGGAGGAGGAACUGGUUCUGGUUUGGGGACGUUGUUACUUUCAAAAUUGAAAGACGUCUUUCAUAAUCGUAUUAUGUCCUCUUUUUCUGUUCUUCCUUCGCCAAAGGUCUCUGAUGUCGUUGUCGAAUCUUACAAUGCAAUGCUUUCAUUUAACCAACUGAUUGAAAAUACCCAUUCAACUUAUUGUAUUGACAACGAAGCUUUGUUUGACAUUUGCUCUGGUACUCGUAAAUUGGCAAAUACUGGCUAUAACGAUUUAAAUCACUUAGUUGCUUUGACCAUGUCUGGCAUCACCACUUCUUUCCGUUUCCCAAGCCCUUUGAAUGCUGGCCUUCGAAAAAUACUUACCAACCUGGUUCCAUAUUCACGUCUUCACUUUUUUAUGCCUGCUUUUGUGCCUGUCUAUGCUAAAGGGUGUGAGGAUUUUUAUACUCAAAAUGUCUCUGAAUUGACCCAACAAAUGUUUGAUGCAAAAAACAUGAUGGUCGCUUGUAAUCCUCGUCAUGGACGUUAUCUGACCAUUGCAGCAAUUUUCCGUGGCCACAAAAUGUCUACGGGUGAUGUUGAAGAGAAAAUGAUGAAAUAUAAAAACGAAAAUUCAUCUCAUUUUGCGGAGUGGAUACCAGACAAUGUUAAAACAGCGGUUUGUGGUAUUCCUCCGCCUGGUUAUAAAAAGUCUGCUACUUUUAUUGGAAACUCGACUGCUAUUAAAGAAAUGUUUGAACGAGUAUCUCGGCAAUUUAAAGAGGCAUUUCGACGUAAGGCAUUACAUUGGUAUACUGGUGAAGGAAUGGAUGAUGAUGAAUUUACUGAGGCUGAAUAUAAUGUGAACGAUUUGGUUUGUUUUUAA